AGACGAAUCGAAACAAAAAUUUGUUUCGUCUCUGAAAAAAAUUUGAAUCUCCAGAGUUGUUUCCCGUUGUUAGAUUCAUCGAUUUCGAAAGAAUUGAUCUUCAAUCUCGUGUUUCUCCGGCGAAUUUUCCGGCUAUAAUAGUCGACUGAGAAGAGAAGGAUUUUUUUUUUUUCGUGGUGGUGAAAUCGGAGAAUCGCAGCAUAGGAAAGCGAUGAUUACAAGAUCGAAUCUAGCAGAGCAGCUGAGAGAAUAUCAGAUUCGAUCUAAGCAUGAUUGGGCUUCUGUCUCUUUCUUCUCGUCGACCUCAAGUUUUUCUUCUUCUUCUAGGGUGGAUGUUGUAGUCUUUGUCAUCUGGGAGCUAGUCAUCUUAGCAUUCUUCGUGUUUUCAGCGGUUUCCUUGUACUUCAAGCGGUUACAACUCGCAUUCAUCUUGAUAUGUGUCACGUUGAUGCUGCUAAUUUGCAUGAAGGUCACAAAGCAAGUGAGCCACAAAACUCACCUCCUGGUUCUCCGUACUGAUCCAAUUGCGUGUUUAAUGGAUGAAGAUGACGGUUAUGCUCACGGCACGGGUAGAGUGAGGCCAGGGUGGCUGAGCCGGGCGAUUUCAGGAUUUAGAUUAGAAUCAGACAAUCAUUUUUCUGAUUAGCAUUAGGCUGCAAUCUGGUUUUGUUCAGAGAAAAAAUACGUGUUCAAAAGAGUUGUGUUUCAUGUGUAAUUGUGGUUGUGAAUUUCAGACGGUUUAGGGUAAACGAAUGAGAAAAAUAAUAUCGAAGCUUGCAUUAUUUCUAGAAUGCCUCGAAGAUUAGUUUGUAAUUUGUCUGGUUUCGGCUUCUACUUGGUUUAUUCGGAAACAAUAAAACUAAUCCUUUUAC